AUGAGCGCUUCUAUGGACGUCCCACACUCACAAAACACCGCACCCGUCCUCGAAUUCCGAUGCCUCUAUACAGCAGAUCUCCGGCGCAAGCAGAAGCGAUGGCAGGAUGGCAAGCUCAAGUACCACACAUUCAACAAGCGGGUAAUGGUCUACGACGAACGGGCCAAUUUCGUGGGAGAUACACACUGGAAGGGUGAUGCGUUCGAGGAAGGCGAGGAGCUAGAACUCGAUCGGGGAAGCAUCAUUGUCGAGGUCCAAGAAUGCAUCGGGAAGAAACAUCAGGAUCUUACCGAGCUGUUGGACAAGCGAGUAAAGGAAAGGGAAGAGAGGGUCGCAGCGAAAGCUGCUGCAUCGCCAUCUGCCUCCCUGUUAAGAUCUCAAGCUACCCCGGCAGGCUCAGGACUUUUGCGACCGAAGCCACUCAAAGCCGUGUUGACCCCAACUGGCCAUUAUGGUAGAGCUGUUGCGCCCAAUAUAUCUCCAUUUGAACAAAGGCAAUUCGCAAACGAUGUUAAUAAGCCAGCGGCCAAGCGAAGGAGGCUGGAUGAUAAUACCUCCAGCAAAAAUGGUUACGCUCAAAAUCUCAUGGGAGCGACUUUGUCUUUGGCAUCUUCGAAGCCAUCGAGUACUCCUACUAUACGGUACGAGCCCUUUAAGGCACGACCUAUAGCCCAACAGACACCGGCAGAUGCUAUUGAUCUUACCAUGGACGACGAUGAGGAGCUCAGGGCUGCUGAUAAGAGAAGAAAGGUUGCGAGAGGAGAAAGGAAGUUGAUGACGGAGAGGCCUAGCGUCAAUCCGAAGAGGCACAAAAAGUCACCUCCUGCGAAGACCGGAUAUGCAAGUAAUCUUACUGGCACACCCCUUGUCUUUUCAAGACCGGAAGCUAGAAAGCCUAGCAAAACGGUACCGGAUAAGACUUUGCUCCAAGUAAGGCGUACGCGAGAUGGAGACUAUUCAUCGGAACCAGAGGGCAGCGCAAUGAGCAUCGAACCACCGCUCAAGAAGAUCGCCGGAGACUCUUCUUCUAACGACUUGGCCAAUAGACUCGCAGGCAUGAAUUCGAACCCGACGAGGCUGCCCGCCAACAGCAAGAUGAACAAAAAAGGGCGAUCUGUUGAGCUCAUAGAUCUAGAUGAGGAACCACCGUCAACGAAGGAGGACAACUUCCUUAACGUAGAUUUCACGCUUAUACCGCUGCCCAAAAAGGCAACAACGCCGAGAGAAGUAGGGACUAAAUCAAGGAAGCCUGAAAAGCCGAAGGAAGCCACACAAUCUCGGCCCUCAUCACCGCCAAUGCCGAACGUCAACAAUCCAGCCCUUCAGCCAAGUAGAAGUUUCAGUAGGUCUGUGACCGAAAACUCAUCUAUUGUUAAGCCUACGUCUGAUCGACCUCGGCCUGGGCUACGGAUAAAAUCAAGAGCUCCUCGGAAAAUGAUGAUGCUUAUGGACCGAUCAAGCUCUCGUCCUUUGGCCAGAAGUGACUCGUUCGGGAGAAGUCGAGCGACUCCCCAACCUCUACAAAUACCGAAAUUAGUCUCGAAUGAAACCCCGCUUUCUCAAGCAACGAUGGACCUAAAUGACUUCUGUCAGAAGCAAGAAGCACUACUGCAGGCUCGACUCAAUGGCACACGGACCAGACCACAGUUAAGCGACGAGUCUUCGUCAGAUCCUGACAAUGGCAUCGAUGUCCAGACAAUCGAUACCCUCUUAUCUCGAAAGGGCACGUCCAUACAGAAACAAGCAGAGCCCUCUCAGAAGCGACAGUCUGCUCCAAAGUCUAGCCCUAUUGCAGACUUAAGCGCACUGAAUAAUUGGACAGAACAAAGGGCACCACGUAAAAAGCAACCUCGAGUGGUAGCAAAAGAGAAUUGUGUUCCCGAUCAAGUCCCUGUCCCCAAGGAACCUCAGCCUUUACCAAAAAAGUCUAGCAGGCGCUUGGAUGUUUCUCUUCCGGCAGUCCAGAUAUCAGGUACUGCGAAUAGCAGCCCAUUGCUUUCUGCUGCGUCAGAAAAUACGAGGCCACUUGGGAAGGUAUCGAUGGGCAAGCCCGAAGACAGCAUGGUGGCCCUCAAUGAGCUAGAUGCUAGCGGGAACGUCGAGGCCACCCCUAACGAAUCUGUACUGGAAAGCUCAGCCAUCCAGGAGCCAGUUGCUGCAGAUUCAGAAGAACAUCGUUCUGAUAGUCGCGGUGUUGCUGUCAAGGCUAUGAACCUUGAGCCAGUGAUCGGGUCCGGUAGGCUAGCUGUCAAAGACCCUAAAGAUAGGCAAACAAAGAGCGACACAACAGCGACUGCUCAAAAUACACUCAAUCAGAACCAGGCGAUUUCAAACCAAAGGACUAUGCAUUCCAGCCCAGAGAUUGAGGAGUGCCCCAUUCUCACUAGCCCACCUACUACAACAUCAGGUCGCCCGAAGACCUCGAAAGCUGCCAGUCCGAGAUCUAACUGCGAACCUGAGCAUAUCAGCAGUACCAUCCAGUCGGCAACUGCCCGUUUUAGAGCCAUGAUUAGCCCGUCAAAUUCCAUCGCCAAGACGAGAUCACCGCGUCCAGACUUGGGACUUUCUCGCCUCAUAGAUGUUCCGGGAAGCAAGGAGGCCUCAAACGAUAUGGUAACGAAACCUCUCACGGGACCAACCCCAAUCAUCGAUCAGGAAUUAGAUGCUGCGCCAGAGCGUCGCAGCGGUGCAGGCUUCAGCUCACCAAACUCCCUCGCAGCUAUCUCAGCAGCCCCAAUUUCCCCAGAUUUUUCGGUUGAAAAUCUCAAAAUGGGCCUGCCCAGAGCAAUACUGGCCAAUCCAGCGACUCGUGGGAAAUCCUUGCAGACUUUGGCAGCCAGUACCAACGAUACGGCGACUCCUCUGUUUAAUAACCCUAUGCCACCACCUGCGCCACGGCUUUCGAGCCGGCCCGAACGGAUCCAAGCGUUACUGAGGGAAGACAAUGGGGCUGAUCAAGACAGUGAAGGGCCAGUCAGAGAAGCAUCGGUUGUUGGGCCGUGGUCUAGGGAAGCAUUUGACCUUUUCGGUCUUCAUGGACCUCCUCAAAGGCCGGAAGCAUAG